ACUUCUUAUUUGCCGCUGAGGAAAAAAUAUUAUCAAACUCCACACAAUACAUAGAAUAUUAAUAUCAUCAGUGGGGCAGCAGAAUGUCAUUCUCUUUAGUGCGUAAAAUUUCUGGCCAAUCCCAGACGUGGCGACAGAUUCAGGGACACUUUGGAAAAAUCAUAGGCAGUGAAGGAGUGCAAACGAAGGGGUUUUUUGUUAGGAAUUUCAGUUUAUCAUCUCCAGUUACCAUGAGAUUCGUUCAGUACUCUAAAGGAGCGGAUGAGAAGACCCAUUUGGGUAUCCUUUCGGCAGAUGGGAAGACAAUUUCCUCGCUUUCCACUUAUGGGAAUGAUAUGAUUGAGUUUAUGAAGAAAGAAGUUGAUCUUGGUGAGCUAAGCAAGAAAAUCAGUAGUUUGCCAUCGGAGGCUGUCACAAAAGAUGUGACCCUGCAAGCUCCGGUGUCUAAUCCUGAAAAGAUUGUAUGCAUCGGACUAAACUAUCGUGGUCACUGCGAGGAGCAAAAUCUCACUCCUCCCGUACGCCCAAUGUUCUUCAGUAAAUUCGCCAGCACUCUUGUGGGCCCCACUGGAUCAGUGAUAGCACAUGAGAUAAGUACGCAAAUUGACUGGGAGGUGGAACUAGCUGUUGUUAUUGGAAAAACAGCGAAGAAGGUUCCACGAGAGAAAGCGUAUGACUAUGUGUUUGGAUACUGCGUGGCUCAGGACAUCUCUGCUAGAGAUUGGCAGAAGGUGUUGAACAACAAGCAAUUUCUUAUUGGGAAAUCAAUGGACACAUUCUGCCCAUUAGGGCCUGCAAUUGUCCACAAAAGUCUUAUACCAGAUCCUCACAAUCUCAAAAUUUGCUGCAGCAUCAAUGGUGUGCAGAAACAAUCUGGCAAUACCAAUGAGCUAAUCUUCCGCAUAGACGAUAUCAUCAAUCGUCUAACACAAUCAAUUACCUUACGUCCUGGGGAUGUAAUCCUCACCGGGACUCCUGGAGGUGUGGGAAUGUUCAGAAAUCCGCCAGAAUACCUGAAGCCGGGCGAUGUAAUUGAGAGUGAAAUUGAGAGCCUUGGCAAAUUGACCAACACCGUCAUCAAGGAUGAUUAGUUGUUAAUCUAUUUUUCUACAAAAGCAAAUAAAUUGCGUAGGUGAUCAGAAA